CUGGGGAAAUCGUUCUGUCGAUAGUGUGGCCGGACUAGCAGAAGGAAACCACGCUCGUUGUCGAGGGCGAAAACUGGGCAAUUUCAUUCAUUCAACCCCCUUACAUUGUCCGUAAAUCAGCCAAGAUGGUGAAAAUGAGUCAAGAAACGAAAGAACGCCUUGCAAUGGUUUUCGGCGUGUCGAAGUUUGUCUUCCAUUGGGGAUUUGUGCCAACAGUUCUGUACAUGGGAUUCAGGAAAGGAGCUGAUCCCGGCAUGCCCGAUUUACAGCUUUUGCAGUUGCUGUGGAUGUGAACGAUCUGCUUUCAACCAAGUCAUCAUUCCAUUUUCCAUGAAGAGCUGUCCAAGACUUUCACCAGAAAUGCAGUGUCUUUAGAGACAAUAUAUGUAAAUGUCAUCUCAUUUUUGCUAUCGUUUUUCUCUUGACAGUUUGGCUAAACAUAAACAAUAAUUGUAAAAUAGUUAUAUUCAAAUUUAGUUUACUAUUGUUUAUUUAUCACAUGUAUAUCAAUGUUUUUAUGUGAAGUUUGCUCAGAUGAUCUCACCUCAAAAAGGAAUCAUGUGGUCUGUAAAAUAAAUUUCAUGUGAUAAAU